AUGGAACGCAAGCCGCUUGGAGGGUGCGGGAUUGGAGGUGGCGGCAAACCAUAUCGGAAACUGUGGGAGUGGGUGGACGGUAGCGACGGGAUAAGAGUGGUGGUGGCGGCAGCGGCAGUGCGGAAAGGGGUACAGGAGGGUAAGCGCAAAAAAUUGCCGGCGGCAGCGGCGGCGAGGACGGAGGGCCGAAGGACAGGCAAGAAGGCGGCGGCGGCUGCGGUGAACGGGAAAGGAAAGCGGAAAUCGGAAGAAGAAAGGGGUCGUCCAUCGGAUGUUUGCUCGACGUGUCAUGAGGUUCCUAGGAAGCUGGGGAAUCGCCAAACAAACGGGAUUUCCGGUGAACGAUGCUGUGAACGAAGAAAGCGGAAAGGAGGCAAAUGCGACAAGGGAAGUGACGACGAAGAAAAUAAACAAGAAAGACGACGAAAUGCGAAGGAUAUUGCGAAUAAGGGGAUUCUUCGAAGAGUCCUAUCUGAUGGCGGUAUCGCCAAAAGCGUCUUCCUGCUGGCGCUUCUCUGCGCCCAGUGCUGCCUGGCAGGUACCGAAGCUCUGGCCGGCACUCAAAAGUACUGUACCAGAACAAUUAAAACGCGAUACGGUAUCCUGCGCGGCAUCGAGGCUAGAUCGUCGACGGCCGUCGAGACUUAUUACGGCGUGCCGUACGCGACGCCGCCACUCGGAGCGCUACGUUAUAUGCCGCCGGUUACCCCGACACCUUGGCGCGGCAUCAAGUUCGCCGAUACCAUGCCGCCAGCCUGUCCGCAGCGGCCACCGGUAUUGGACGAGAGCUUGCCGUGGCAGAGACAGGCCUACCUCAAAAGGCUGGUGCCACUACUGGCCAAUCAGAGCGAAGACUGCUUGUAUUUGAACCUCUAUGUGCCCAAAGCUCCUCAUGAAACCAGGAGAUGUGGUAGAAUGUUCUCUAAUGUUGCAGGUAGUAUCGCGGACUCGCUACCCGCUCUCCUUCUUAUUCAUGGCGAUUCAUAUUCGUGGGGCGCCGGAAAUUCAUUUGACGGAACCGCCCUGGCUGCUCACGGACGCCUUAUUGUCGUCUCUAUCAAUUUUCGUCUUGGUGUGCUUGGCUUCCUGAAAACCGGUUCGAAAGGGAGCGCGCAGGGCAAUUAUGGAUUGAUGGAUUUGGUGGCGGGGCUUCAUUGGCUGCGCGAGAAUCUUGGAGCUUUCGGUGGCGAUCCUGAGCGACUGGCGUUGUUGGGCCACGGCACCGGGGCGGCUCUCGCCAAUUUUUUAGCCGUCUCUCCUAUGGCGAAAGAGCUGAUCGGGAGGGUGAUUUUGCUCGGUGGUUCGGCCCUCUCGCCAUGGGCGGUGCAGCGAGAUCCGCUGAUGGUGAAGCGUCGCGUCGCCGAGGAGAUCGAAUGUCCCGGUGACGUUGAGGCCGACGAUAUCGCACCGUGCCUUCGUUUAAAGAGCGUGAAGGAGCUAUUGGCGGUGCCGCUGGAUCCGCCAAGAUUUACUUCCGGAUUUGCACCUUUCGUCGAUGGGACUGUUCUGCCACCGACACCUACUGCCUCUUCUUCGGGAUUAAUGCCGAUCGUGCCCGGGCCCGGCACUGAAUUCGCGGACUUCGGCAACCGUGAUUUACUUUUUGGUUUGACAUCCGAUGAAGCUUGGGUGAAUCUCACCAAGGAAGAUUUACAGAACGGCUUGAACGAGACGAGGAGGGACCGUAUAUUGCGCACUUACGUCCGGAAUACCUACCGGUAUCAUUUGCAUGAAAUCUAUUCGACUCUUCGGAACGAGUAUACCGAUUGGGAGCGAGGCGAACAGAGUCCCGUGGCGAUCUGCGAAGGUCUCUUAUCUCUCCUCGGAGACGGUCAAGUCGCCGCGCCACUCCUCAGACUGGCUUUACUGCAUUCGGCUUCGGAGGGACGUGGCUAUUUCCUGCAUUUCCAGCCGGGUGAACUGCCGAGCCAGAGGGGCGAGGAGAUACCAUAUCUCCUGGGUAUACCUCUUCUUCGCGGCGAAGUCACGUCCGCGGUGCCUACCUUUGGCAACUACACCCCAGCCGACGAGAAUCUGUCGAAACUACUUGUACACUACCUGGCUAACUUCGUGAGGCGUGGGGAUCCAAAUGGCGCGAGUCCUUUGUCCUCGGGAUUGGAAAACGGCCUGGUGACGAGUCCGCCGUUUUGGGACUCGUACGAUUCCAUAAAUCAACUCUAUUUGGAAGCCGCUCACAGCCCGGAGAUGCGUUCGCACUACAGAGGCCACAAGAUGUCCCUCUGGCUGAAUCUGCUGCCGCAACUGCACCGGCCGGGUUACGAGCUCAAUAUGCGGCACCAUCAUCUCGCGGAGAACCCUGGUCUCUACGAGGGUCCGGUGCGUCCACAGAGUACGGCCGUGCCUAUACCAGCACCUCCGUUACCAAUGCCAUCACCCACGGAACCCUCCUCGAUACUGACUGCGCUAUCGACUACGGAAUGCACCCCGAAUGCAACUGUCGCGACGACUAUCACACCUACCACUUCGCGAACAUUGCAGAUCUCGAAUCUAGGUCCGGGCCCGAACAACCUCCUGCGCAAACUUGCGUCCAGUCAUUAUCAGAGCUAUACCACGGCUCUUACAGUCACUAUCGCAGUGGGUGUGUUCUUGCUGCUGCUCAACAUCCUAAUUUUUGCGGGGAUAUAUCACCAACGCGACCGGAACACAACUAGUGGCGGUCUUUCGGGCACUUUUAGCAACAAGAAGAAGGAGGAGUUCCUAGAGGCUGGUUGCUCCGGCAUAGAUACUUCGGGCAAACAGCGAUUACCGUCUUCCAUGAGCAUGAUAGACUCGUCAUCGUCGAUGCUGCCACCGCACAAGGCGAAGCUCGUGCAGGAGCUCGAGUUACAAUUGCAGGAGUUUCAGUGCUCACCACCCCCCGGCGGUGGUAAACGGAUCCUGGAACCACCAUCCUAUAGUAAGAGUCCGUGUAUUCAGCGGACCCGCACGCCGUCGCCCUGUGUAGACGCCACUAUCGCCCAGAUGGAUGAAGUCAACAUCAGCGGUCUUCAUCAUGACAGCGAAGACGAUAACGAGGACCUGCCGGAACCACCGCCCCCGCCCAAGGCUCCAGCACCAAAUAUCGGUCUCACAUGCCCUGGAAUUCUGCGCCAACCCGGGACACCUGGUAGCGCGAAGAAGCGCGUGCAAAUUCAAGAGAUCUCCGUGUGAUAGAGUGCGGGAUCCCGGUCUCUCGAGAUCUUUGAUGCUGGAGGGUGUGGUUCGUGAACGAGGCACGACGAGAGGACAGCAUCGAGAUCGAGUGUAUAGAUGAGGGGCGUCUUUGAACUCUGAUUAUUAUCGGGAAUACACUUUCCAAGACGCGAGAGUCACGAUCUUCUAAGUCAUUGUCGAAGCGAAUUUCGUUCCUCAUAAUCUCGUGAGAUUAUUACUUCCUUGUAUUCCGUUUUUGAGGAUAAAUCGCACGUUCUCGCGCUCACAUGUUCAUUGAGUUCGAUUAACUUGUGUGAGAUGAAAGCGCGAUCCUUUUGGCGGAAACGUUUGGCAGCCGUGUUAAUAUAAAUUCUCUUCUCAAAACUGUUCUUGCUCUUAGAACUUAUUACAGACUGUUAAACACUACAGAAACGCAUUCAAGCUUAUCCUUGUUGUUUGAAUGAUUCUCAUGAGAAAUGGAUGCCAACGUACAUAGUAUUUCGCGAUUGAAGAAAAUGAAACAUUUUUUAUUCGCUCCGAACGGAGUUGUACAGUGCCGUGUGUGUGCCCAUAUACAAGUCAGCAUUGAAAGUGUGUUUUAUUUCGAGGGAUUUUGUACCGAUUUCUUCGGUUGGUGAUCCACAUCGUGUAACACAAUUUGGUGAACGCACAAAACGGGCACGUAAACACAUAAGAGAAUAUACAGGAGGUUCGUAGUAGUCCCUUUGUACCCUGAGAUGUGAAUCUUCGUUCAUCCAUUAGGGACGGCAACGUCUGGCGCUUGAAAUUCACGGAUCGACCGACCUUAGUUCACUGACUUUUCAGACGGGUCUGGCGGUCGUUGCGGCGCAAGUGUCGCGUAAACGGGGGAUUGACGUAAUCUCAGGAAUAAAAUGAAUGCUAAAGACAUCUUGCCACAAGUAUACACGAUGUCCGUCAUGAUACUCGGGCUAAUUCA